GUGAGCUGUGAUUGGUCACAGCUUGUCACAUGGUACAAGGCUGUUGUGAAUAGCCUUGUACCAUGUGACCUCUGUGAUCAUUCACAGAUUUCACACGUAGUAAGCAAUGAUGUCACAAGUGACCUCUUGCUUACUACUUUGCAUGUGAUCACUGAUUGGCCAUUUAGUGAUCGCAUGAUCGGGACCUCGUACAGAGGUCCCGUCCGACGAUCGCUAUUUCACUGUGUCCGGAGGACACAGCGGGCAACGGACCGCGGUGCUGCGCGCUCCGAGGGAGCGCGCAGAAGCAGGGUGCGGGAAGGCCAUUUAUAA